GGGGGCCACCACGGGCUCCCCACACAUGGGGUCGGGGGGACAGGGUGGGGGACAGGGCACAGCCACCACCCUGCAGCCACACUCCAUCUGGGCGGCUGGGUGCUGCUCCUGCUCCACCACCCUCCUGCCCUCGCUCCCGGGCCUGGCCAUGGGGCCACCAGCCCUGGGGACCUUGGAGGGAGAUGUCCCCUUGCACUGACCCCGAGUGGGCGGUUUGUCACCCUCGGCCGUCAUGGCAGAGCCGUGGCGUCCCAGGCACGAAGGAGCUGAGCCUGCCGCGCCGAGGACGAGCGGGCGGGCCCGGGCCCGGCGGGCCGAGCAGGGAGCCCCGGUGGGGCCGCCGCCGCCGCCCGCCCGCGGGAGCCGCCCAGCGCGGGGGCAGCCGGUGCGGCGGCGGCGGCGGGGGGAGCGCGGAGCCGGGAGCGGAGCGGGGCGGUGGCGGCGGCGGCAUGAAGUCGCGGCGGGACAGGCUGAAGAUCCCUUCGCUGACCUUGGACUUGUCUCCGAGCAGCCAGAGCCCGACGCUGCUGAGCCCCUGCAGCCCCUGCAGCCCCUGCAGCCCCUUACUAACCCUGCACCCCUGGAGUUGCCGAAGCAGCAAUAGGAAGAGCUUAGUGGUGGGCACCCCCUCUCCGACCCUCUCACGGCCUCUUUCCCCCCUCUCCGUGCCGACAGCCGGCAGCAGCCCCUUGGACAGCCCACGCAACUUCUCCGCCAGCACCUCCAUCAACUUCCCCUUCGCUCGCAGCCAUGCUCCUCGGACUGACAGGGCUGAUGGCAGAAGGUGGUCACUGGCUUCGCUACCCUCCUCUGGCUAUGGGACCAACACCCCCAGCUCCACUGUCUCGUCGUCUUCGUCCUCCCAGGAGCGCCUGCACCAGCUGCCGUACCAGCCCACCCCCGAUGAGCUGCAUUUCCUUUCUAAGCAUUUCCGCAGUACGGAGAGCGUCACGGACGAGGAGGGGCGGCACUCGCCCUGCCUGCGCCCACGAUCCAGGAGCCUCAGCCCUGGACGGACGAGUGGAACGUUUGAUAACGAGGUUGUGAUGAUGAACCAUGUCUACAAGGAGCGGUUCCCCAAGGCCACGGCCCAGAUGGAAGAGCGUCUGCAGGACACCAUCACAAACUUCUCUCCAAGCAGCACUCUGCCCCUGGCAGACGGGGUGCUGGGCUUCAUCCACCACCAGAUCAUCGAGCUGGCCCGCGACUGCCUGGCAAAGUCCCAGGGAGCUCUCAUCACCUCCCGCUACUUCAUGGAGCUGCAGGAGAAACUUGAGAAGAUGCUCCGAGAUGCUCAGGAACGUUCGGAGAGCGAGGAGGUGAAGUUCAUUGACCAACUGGUGAGGAAGCUGCUGAUCAUCAUCUCCCGUCCUGCUCGCCUUCUGGAGUGCCUGGAGUUUGACCCAGAGGAGUUUUACCACCUCCUGGAAGCUGCAGAAGGUCAUGCCAAAGUUGGCCAGGGGAUAAAGACCGAUAUUCCCCGAUACAUCAUCAGCCAACUGGGUCUCGUCAAGGACCCACUAGAGGAAAUGGUCCAGCUGGAUCACUUUGACAGCGGGAACACCAUCACACCGGAGAACGACGAUGCCUGUGAGAGCCAGCCUUUGGCCACCGCUCCUCGGAGGAAGCCUUGCGAGGGGGACUUUGAGACCAUCAAGCUGAUCAGCAAUGGGGCUUAUGGGGCCGUGUACCUGGUGAGGCACAGGGAGACACGGCAGCGCUUCGCCUUGAAGAAAAUCAACAAGCAGAACCUCAUCCUGAGGAACCAGAUCCAGCAGGUGUUUGUGGAGAGGGACAUCCUCACCUUCGCGGAGAACCCCUUCGUGGUCAGCAUGUUCUGCUCCUUCGAGACGAAGCGACACCUCUGCAUGGUGAUGGAGUAUGUGGAAGGGGGGGAUUGUGCCACGUUGCUGAAGAACAUGGGCCCACUGCCCGUCGACAUGGCGAAGAUGUACUUUGCUGAGACUGUUCUUGCGCUGGAGUAUCUCCACAACUACGGCAUCGUCCACCGGGACCUCAAACCUGACAAUUUACUCAUCACUUCCAUGGGCCACAUAAAGCUGACAGACUUUGGUCUGUCAAAGAUCGGCUUGAUGAACAUGACCACGAACCUCUACGAAGGUCACAUGGAGAAGGACACUCGGGAGUUCAUGGACAAGCAGGUGUGUGGCACUCCGGAGUACAUCGCCCCAGAAGUCAUCCUCAUACAGGGCUACGGGAAGCCUGUCGACUGGUGGGCCAUGGGCAUCAUCCUCUACGAGUUCCUGGUGGGCUGCGUCCCCUUCUUCGGAGACACCCCCGAGGAGCUCUUUGGGCAGGUCAUCAGCGAUGAAAUUAUGUGGCCGGAAGGGGAUGAGGCUCUUCCUGCGGACGCCCAGGACCUGAUCACGCGGUUGCUGAGACAGUGUCCCCUCGAGCGCCUGGGCACCGGGGGUGCGCACGAGGUGAAGCACCAUUCCUUCUUCCUCCACCUGGACUGGAACGGGCUGCUGCGGCAGAAGGCCGAGUUCAUCCCUCAGCUGGAGUCGGAGGACGACACCAGCUACUUCGACACUCGCUCCGAGAGGUACCGCCACUUGGAUUCGGAGGAUGAAGAAACCAACGACGAGGAAUCGUCCGUGGAGAUCGGGCAGUUCUCCUCCUGCUCCCAUCGCUUCAGCAAGGUGUACAGCAGCUCUGAAUUCCUGGCGGCUCACUCCAACCUCAGCCUCUCAUCCUCCGACCGGAGUCACAGCGAGGACAAGGAGGAGCGAUGGGACAGGCACUCGGGAGACGAGGAGAGGAGCCGGCUGGCGGGCGCAGAGCCCCGGCUCCGCUCCUGGACGUCCUGCAGCUCCACGCCGUACACCUCCCGGCACGAGCGAAGCCGCAGCCCCGCCGCGCUGCCCAGCACCUACAGCCUGGACACCAUGCCCAAGUUUGCCUUCUCCUCGGAGGAUGAAAGCCCUUGUGUGGCGUCCUCCAAGCCAGAGAGACCCAAGUUUGUGCUGGGAGACCCUGAUGUGGGGACCGGUAGCACGGUGAAACCAUCGGCGUUAUCCGCCGAUCUCGUCAGCCUGAACCGCAUCCGCCUCCGGAGCAACAGCACCGGCACCAAAAACUCGACUCCCCGGGGCCUGGAGCCGGGCAGGAGCCGUCGGCUGAGCAGCCAGAAGGACGUGCCGGACAGGCAGAGAGCCUCGCAGGGCGGCCGCGUCCCCAAAUCCGCCUCCGUCUCAGCCCUGUCCCUCAUCAUCACAUCAGACGACUUCGGCGGCGGCACCCUGAUGAGCCCCAUCUCCCCCCACUCCCUCUCGUCCAACCCCUCUUCCCGCGACUCCUCCCCGAGCCGGGACUCGUCCCUUGCCAUCGCCAGCCUGCGGCCCCCCAUCAUCAUCCACAGCUCGGGCAAGAAGUACGGCUUCACCCUGCGAGCCAUCCGCGUCUACAUGGGUGACAGCGACGUCUACACCGUGCACCACAUGGUCUGGAGCGUGGAGGAGGGGAGCCCCGCGCAAGAAGCGGGGCUGAGAGCGGGCGACCUCAUCACACAUGUGAACGGCGAAUCGGUGCUGGGUUUAGUUCACCGGGACGUCGUCGAGCUGCUGCUGAAGAGCGGGAAUAAAGUGGCCCUGAGGACCACCGCCCUGGAGAACACCUCCAUUAAAAUCGGCCCCGCUCGGAAAAACAGCUCCAAGACGAGGAUGGCGCGGAGGAGUAAGAAGAGCAGGAAAAGGGAUGGCCAGGACAGGAGAAAAUGCCUUUUCAAGAAGAUCUCCAAGCAGUCCUCGGUCCUGCACACCAGCCGCAGCUUCUCCUCCGGUCUCCAUCACUCGCUGUCCUCCAGCGAGAGCCUGCCGGAGUCCCCCACGCACAGCCUCUCCCCGGGCCCCACGACGCCCUGCCGCAGCCCCGCUCCCGAUCUCCCCCCAGAUGCUGUGUCCCCGCAGAGCACCUCUCCCUCCUCCAGCACCCCAACGUCACCCGCCGGCCACGUGCGCCCCAGCUCCCUGCACGGCCUGGCGCCCAAACUGGGUGGGCAACGCUACAAAGUGGGACGGCGCAAAUCCACCAGCAGCAUCCCCCCCUCGCCCCUCGCCUGCACCCCUUCCUCCGCCCAGCGCCCGCCUUCUCCCCAGCGCUCCCCAUCCCCGCUCCCAGGGUACCCCAAAACCCCCCAUUCCUUCCAGGGAAAGACCCUGUCCCCCCCCACCAUCGUCCGGCAGAGCUCACGACCCCGCAGCGCUGACUGCCCCCGCUCCCCCCUCCUCAAACGCGUCCAGUCAGCCGAGAAGAUUGUCACCGUCCUGGCGGAGAAGAAGACCGCCGGCGGCCGCAAACUGGGGCUGGAGAUGCCCAUGAUGGACGGGGAGGUCAUCGGGGAGGGCGAAGCGCCAGCGUACCCCGGGGAACACAGUUAUCACCCCACUGGCUCCCGGCUCGGGGAGAGGCAUGACCGGGACCAGGAGAUGGUGGUCAUGCGGCGCUUGAACCUCUCCGAGCGCCGUGACUCCUUCAAGAAGCAAGAAGCGGUUCAAGAAGUGAGCUUUGAUGAACCGGAGCCGGUACCGGCAAGCGAAGACGGUGGCAAGAGCGAAACCGGGCAGGGCCCAGCUCUGCGGUGCGGCGGCACGGAGCCAAAGCCGAAGCCCAGCCCGGUCCCGCAGAUCGCGGUGCAGGGCUCCGAGAGCGACGAGCAGGAGCCGGCGGUGGCCGAGUGGGAAUGCCAGGGCUCCUACCCCAUCGGCCACACCGAGCAGCCGGACGGCAGCAUCUCCUUGCCGCAGUGGGAUGGGUACGAGCAUCGGGACCGUGGCUGCCGGCACCACUGGAACUGCGGGGAGAGAGCAACCAGCCACCGGCAACCGGCGCGGGGCCAGGAGCCGGGGGGGGCUCAGCUCUCAGCACCCCGGGGCAGCGUGUGGAGCGGGGCCAAGCACGCCUGAGCCCCACACCGGCACCUGGGAACGUUUCAAGGUCCCCGCAGCAUCCCACCGCCUCCCGAAAAACCUAUCCCGCGUGGCAUAGCCCUGAGAGAAACGUCCCCGGAGCCGUUGUGGACGUCGGCGCUGGCCGGGCUGGCUGCGCCCCGGCACUUCCAACCCCCACGAAAGGCUUUUUGUACUCCCUGAAAGAUGCUCAUAUUUUUAUAGAGACGCGGGAGCUUUUCUGGCGGCGGCAUUUCCCCGGCAGGGCCCCAGCCUUUGUGUAUAGAAAGGACUCGAUGGAAAUAUUCGUUAAUUAAUUUAUUACUUUUUAUAAGCUAAACGGGCAGUGCAGGACCGUCGCAGGGUCCCACCCAGCCCCGGGGGGGUCCCAGGCUUUUCCAUGAUGACACGCUGUUUUCUAACCUCGUGAAGAACCACUCGCUUUUUCUCAGUUUUUAACUUUAGUUUUAGCUGGAAAAAACCCAAAACUCCAAAGAAACCCCCAUUGGGGGGGUAAUUGUAAUAUUUAAAUUUAAAAAAAAAAACAAAACCCACAGCAACCUCCCCCAGACGCUGGCAGCCCAAGCUGGGAUGCAUAUGGGUAAUUUUAUAUGCAUAUGGUUCAUCGUACGAUGGUGCAUAUGGGUCAUUUUAUAAGUGUAUAGCAGAUGUAAAGGUUUUAAUUCUUUUAUUCGGAGCCUUUUGGAGCCACUCGGCUCCAUCGGCCCUUCCAGGCGGGAACAGCAGAGCCCUCCCCCUGGGGUCAGCAAUCGGAUGCGAUUAUUAAUGGCAUUUUUAGGGUCGGUUUUUGCUCUUUGCAUUUCUUCUUCCACCACAUCCCGUGGUGUUCAUUGCUCGCUGCAUACGGACAUCUAUAGAAACCCGGUAUUUCUUUUUUUAAAAAAAAAAAAGAAACCACAAAACCCACCCAACCCAGCGAGCGCCUGUGCUGCUGCUGCUGCUUCAUUUCGAAUUUGGAAAUGUCACCCCUCUCUUUCCCCCUGUCGCUUUUUAUCCAACAAACUCUGGCUCAACCCAGCAUUUCCGCCCCCUUUCUACUGUUUUCUAUGAUAGAAACGUUUCCAUUUGAUAAUGCAUGUACCGGCUUUUCCCCCCGCUGCGGUUUGCCACCCCGGUACUUUGAGCAUCGCGCCGGUGAUGGGGGGACCAACGCCAGUUCCCCCCCCCCAACCCCCCGCCAUCGGGCAUCACCGUGCCACCGCCAACGGGCCCAUUUCCAGAGCAGCUGGCGGAUUUUUCGGCUGUAUGUUGGAUUAUUUCGUGCGUGUGUGGUUCGUGCCAGACUCCGGAUCCUGCAUCUCCCCCGUUAAACUGGCGCCGUUUACACCCCCAAAACGAGCAGCAGGAGCUGCUCAGCGUCUCCUUUGCUUCUUCCGCCGUCUGUGUUAAGGUCUCGGGAAGGCAGUGGGGUUUGGGGGAGACACCGGGCACCCCUUGCCCACCAGCACUGCGGGAAGGGGGGCUCAGCCGUGCGCCAGUGCAUGGAUAGGGUGGGAAAAGGAAUUUUUUAAUGGAAAACGUCUUAAAAGCCAAGGGGCCCGUGUCUUCCUGCCCAGUGUCCGGCUCUGUUCUUACCUUUGGAAGUUUUAUGUUGUAUUAAAAUUGUUCCUUGCGAUGA